CCUGUGGCGCUGAUGAAAUAUAGUGCGCAUGCGCGCAGUAGUGGCCCACGAGUUGAAGAGCAGCUUGCAAGGUUUACGUUACUGUCGAUUUUGCAGAAACAUAACGCAGGAAGAUGUCCCCGGGGGCAGUGGGACAGCGUCUUGUCGCCUGUCUGCUCAACAUCUCCGAGGCUCGGAGCAAGGGCAUAGUGGAGAAGGUGGCACAGGCGGCCAUCUACAACAGCAGCGGAGGGCAGCGAGAGGGGACCACUGUUCUCAACAUCUUCAGCGACUAUGACUACAACCGCUCAGUCAUCACCAUCGUGGCUAGCGUUGACAGAAUCAGGGAGGCUGUGUUGUCGGCCUGCCAGCAGGCCUGUCAGCACAUUGACAUGCGGGGCCAUGCGGGGGACCACCCCUGCAUGGGGGCUGUGGACCUGGUGCCCAUAUAUCCACUCGGGGAGGAGGUGGGGCUGGAGGAGUGUGGGAACGAGGCCAAAGCUCUGGCUGCCACUCUGACUGAAAGGGUCCCUGGGACGAGCGUCUUCCAUUUCGGCUUCGCUGACUCCCCCCAGCAGCGAGGCCUGGCCCACAGGCGUAAGGAGCUGGGCUGGUUCAAGAAACACCUGGACCUGGAGACCGUCAGGCCGGACGUGGGGGAAAAGCUCCAGAGGAGGUACGGCCUCACAGGAGUAGGCGCCAGCCCCUACGUGAUGAACUGCAACGUGACCAUCGACACGCGUGACGUCGGGGUGGGCCGGCUCGUGGCCGUGGGGCUUCGCGAGUCGGCCCCAGGGGGCCUGCCGGGGGUGCAGGUCCUCGCCCUGCCUCACGAGGGCGCCGUGGAGAUGGCCUGCAACGUGGAGAGCGUGCGAGGGGCCCCGCCCGAACCGGGCUGGCCCUCCUUCACCAUCGGAGGUGAGCAGUACUGCCACGUCCCCGCCUCCCUCGUCACCGCCCGCGUGGCACAGCUGGCAGGAGAGCACGGCGUGGGCACCACGGGCACCGCCCUGGUGGGGUUCACCCCCCUGGAGUGCAGGGGCCUGGCCCAGCGGGCCCUCGCACUGGGCAUCGGCGAGUUUUGGCGGGAACAGCGCAGGGUGCGCAUGUGAACGGGCACGGAUUCGGCUUCCGCCAAAUUUGUGUGCAGCGUGAUUUUAAACCAGGGGUGCACAAAAAGGGCCGAUCCGUUUCAGGAUUUCGUGCAAACUUCUGGCCUUAAUUAUUUAAUUGACUCAAUCAUAUCUUAUCUGACAUGUAUAUGAGUAUCGGAUACAGAAUGCAGCCUAAUGAUUUUAGUGUGCUCAAGUACAGGCUUGAACCAGGGUAAUUUGUAGAGCUGCCAGCAAAUUAAGAACAAGGCAAUUUCUUGGAACAAAAACCAGUACGCAGGCCAAACCUCGAGGACCGGACUGCACCCCUGCUUUAAGCUGUAUACUCAUACUGUACCUACAAAACGGAAACAAUGUAGUUGCUUUGUUUUGCUGGUAAGGUCUGUAUAUUGCUUUGCAUAAAAGUAUCUGGGAUCUUGCUGAAGGAAUAUGACACCACUCUUGCACAAAAACCAAUCAUCUCACACCCUGUUAAUGGGAAUGCUAAUCACUGCCCUGGGCAUCAUUCCCGAAUGCUUGAUUGGGCUCAGAUCUGGUGACUCAGGAGGCAUUGACGUUAAUAACAUCAGCGUCUUGUUCAGUUAUUUUUCCCAGCUGAUGUUUUCUGCGCCAGGAUUACUAACCAAAACUUAGUUGUAUGGAAGAAAAUGAAAAAAAACAAAAAUGUUGUUUAUUUUUUUUCAGUAAUGCUAUGUACUGAUGUCUAAACGGGUCACUUAUUUCCACAAAUUGUCUGACUCAGGUUUGCUCAGUGGCUGCUACAUAUGUAGUUCAAUGCUGAGCAUUAUCACCCCAUAUCUUAAAAUAAAUGAACUAGGGAAUAACUCUGUUGCCUUUUCAACACCCACCCCUCAUGAAAUGGUUUAGAAGAUUGUUUUUUCUCAUGUAACAGAGAUAUAUUGAAAAUUGUAUUUGCCCCUACAUGAAAUGCAUGGAAAUGUUCAGUUCUCUUUCCGAACAUUGACUCGAGGCAAAUUCAUUUCCUCCCGUCUGGUAUGACAGUUUCAAGAGCCUUGUUUUCGAUAUUUUGCCCUAGCAUGUUACUGUAUUCGUGGCACUCAAAAAUACACCCUUUGUAACAGGAAGCUCUACUUUUCAUAUGUGAAACUUGAUGAAGCACAGCUGGGGAGAGAGAACUUUUGUAAAUGUUUCUCAGAGAGGGCUGGGUUUAGGAAACUCAUAUCUUAUGCAACAUUUUUGGUGGGUUCCAUUCAAUUGGAAGCCAUUUUAGGCCUUUGAAACCAGCUGAACUUCUAGGCCAACCAAAGGCUUAUUGUAGGUUAUAUUUCCUUUGGAAAAUUGGUUUCAUGAACACUACUUUUAAGCACCUAUUCAAUUUUACGAAUGUUUGCUAAAGUGUGGUCAAUUGUGUGCAUAGUAUGCCUGAUUUGAAUAAAUUGAUCAUUACAAAAGUUCAUAUAAAGUGCUUGGUGAAAACAAAUUUACUGGUUUACAAUUUAUUUCUUAGACUGAGGUUUCCUAAACCAGUAUAAACUAAAGUAGUUGGAACAUUAGUACCAACCAAGCCCAGGCAUAUCAUGUUUCAUUCCACUGUAUUCAAGCCAGCAGUGUUGGUAUUUAUGAACUGUAGCCUACGGGAUGUAAAAUGAGCAUGGGUGAGUGGGGAUUAGUCCUGGGGAUCACACAACUGGGGCAUUCAGCAUUAAUGGUGUGCUGAAUUUAUUAAGCCAUGCGUCCCAUGUAAUAUUUGCAAUGGUUUUUCCUGCAGAGAGAGAGAAUGCAUCAUCGUGUUGCAAGUUUAUGCAAAUAUGGGUGCAUAUGUAAGGCAGCAGAAAGGGGACCCGAAAUUGCUUUGGAACUAGUUGUGGGGGGGAAAGAAAAGAAAAAAAAAAGACACCUGCAAAAUAUUGGGGGAUUUCACCUUUUUUAUUUUAUACUAAUCACGUUAUCCUACCUGUAGAAAUAAAACUACCACCUUUACUUUUCACACUCACUUCUGGCAUAUUCUGGUCAGGCUGGGGGGGUAAGUGGGGUGAGCAAGAGAAAAAAAUAAAAAUGAAGCAGCAGGUUUGUAACUUUGAGAUCAAAAUAAAAUUCAACUCGGGCAAUUCAAACAAGCAAAAAAAAAAAAAAACAAACCAUAAA